AUCAGAAAUUACACAGGAGACAUACGGACUCAAUAGUCCAUAUUGAGAAUGAAGACCAUUAUAGUUCUGCAGCUGACAUGGUUGUGCUACUGCCUGUGUGGGGCACUGGGCCAGUCAGACGGUGAACGUGAAGGUGGAGUGGUUGUCAAUAAGCAAAAUCUAGACAAAGCUAACACACCAUCCGCCUUCCACACUAUGCUGAUAGAGAUGAUGUUAGAGCAGAAAGUUGAGCUGAGUCAAACCAAGACCAAGCUGGAAUCUAUGGAGGCCAGACUGAAUGCCGGUAAAGUCCAGGAAGAGGAGCUGAGAACCAGACUGAGAAAUACAGAAAACCAGCUUGAUGAAUUAAGGAAAAUGAAUCAAGAAAGACCAAGAGUGGCAUUCUCAGCUGCACUGAGAGAGGACGGUCCCGGAAGCAACCAAGGACCGUUCAACACUGAAACUACUUUGGUCUACAGGAAGGUCAUCACCAAUAUUGGCAACGCCUACAACCCUACAACCGGUAUGUUCACAGCACCAGUGAGAGGACUCUACCACUUCACCUUCUAUUGCCAUACAUACGGAGCCAAUAAUGCAUUUCUGUUAAUGUAUAAGAACGGAGACAUAGUUGUUGGUACGGCAGAUCACAUAACAUCUAGUGAUGGUGCAGAUAAUGGAUCUAAUGGGGCGGUACUGUUGCUUGAGGAGGGAGAUCAGGUCUAUGUGCGCCUUGAAGCCAAAUCAUGGAUCUGGGUAGAAAGCUACCGUAACCUCAGCACCUUCACUGGCAUUCUGCUAUUUGCCCAGUGACACCUCAGAACACGUGAAUAAGGAGAGAUUUGGAAUAAUGAAAACAUGGCUUAAUGUAUUGUAGAGGGCAUCCCUGAUGUAAAUAACAACAAUGCUGUUUAUCACACUCUUAAAAGAGUUGAUAAAAACAUUUAAUCGAGUUAAUCACAGGAUUAAUCACAAAUUCAGAAUUUGCUCAAAUUGAGCUGUAAUUUAAGAUUUUUUUGACAAACUUUAUAUUGAUUAUAUAUUACCAAUAAUGGUGUAAUGAAAAACAAACCAUUUGAAAACAAGUUAUGUUUGAGUAUAGACUGUGUGCCAUUAAACUACAUCAGCAGUAACAGCUAAAGCCUAUUUGACCUAGAUAGCGUGUGUGUAUUGAUAUGUAGGCUUCGUGUGCCUUUAAAAUACAUGUAUGUAUUUCUGUCCUUCAGCUGUUCUUGUCUGUUCAUGUUCUGUAUUAUGUCAUUCUGUAUUAUGUUUCAUGUUCUGUGUGGACCCCAGAAAGAGUAAUGGUGAUCCUUAAUCCCCCCCGAAAAAUACCAAAGCAUUACAGUAUUAACACUGUACUGAUAUUAAACAAUUAUUGAAAUGUUUGUUAACCAUUAGCAAAUGCUGUUAAGCAUUGUACUGUAUAUUAUUUAAGUUGAUUUCACCCUCAAUUAAUUCAUUCCUAAAUAUUGAUAAGCAUUUAUUAAGCUCCUCCUUUGCCACAGGUAUCUUCACAGCACCAGUGAAACGACUCUACCACUCCACCUUCUAUAGUCAAUCAAACAGACAGGGAUGGAUUCCUUUUAAUGUAUAAAAACGAUCAAUUGCUUUUGAUGUAGCAGACAAUGGAUGUAAUGGGUUGUAUUGAUGCUGAGGUGGGAGACAAAGUCUCCAUGCACAUUGAAACUUACUCAUGGGUCUGGACAGAUAGUUAUCGCAACCUCAAUACCUUCAAUGGCAUUCUGCUAUUUACCGAGUAACACUGGAAAAAAGGUGCACCCAAACGCUCUUCAGCCCAGCUUGAACAAAAAAGGGAAGCUGGCGCUCGACUAAGUGACUUGAAAAUCCCAAAAAAUAUUCCUUACCCCAGGACACUUCAACUGGGGACUUUUUCUUUAUUUUCCUGGAUAAUCAUCAAUUGAAGUAUCCUGAGGUAAGGAAGAUUUGGGGGGGUUACCCAGUAACACAUCUCAGAACACAAGAGAAUAAAGAUAUAUUUUAAAUCAUG